UUUCUUGGAAUGGGAAUUCAAAUAUUAAAUAGAUUUCAACCCCUCCCGACUUUUAACUUCAGAAAAUCUAUGGGGUGGACCAAAUGGGUGCAAAGGAGUGGCCUGGGUCCAUUCCAACUGGAUGUGGUCAGAAUCCUCUUGUCCUCACAGCCCACUCCCAAGGCAGGCUUUGGAUGCAGAGACUGACCAUCUUUUCCCAACUCCUUUUUGCUCUGGUCUUAAGGACCCAGAGCACAACCUCAGCAUGGCUUCUGUCUGCUUUGGAGGCAUGCAUCAUGUAAAUGGCAUGCCUUCAAAGCAGCCAGAAGCUAUUUCAUUUGGCCAGUCUCAAAAUCAGAAAAGGGCUUCCAGCCACUUCUGGGUUAGAGGUUUCUUUGGAUGUGUAUGGGGAGGUUGGUAGUCUCUGAAGACCGUGGAGAAUCCUGGAGCAAAAUAUUGGCUGGCGGAUCUGCCACAUCCUCCCUCUGAUUAAGAUGAUUCUCCAUUGUUCCUGCAGAUUUUUCAAAUCACUCUUUGUGGAAAUACAGUUUAGAAUUGGUAGAAUGCAGAAUUGCCUAUAAUGAAGCAAUUCUUCCUUUUAACUACUAAGAGUUUGUUUGAUGAGCAGCACAUCUGCUUUCAAAGGUAAACAUCCAGUUAUAAUAGUGGAGAAUGCUUUUCAGAUGCAGAAAGAAAAUUACAUGUUUUGCUUUGUUUCCUGAUUUUAAUGCUCAACACCCACUUGCUUUUAAGGAGGAAUUCAUGCUAAAAAAAUAGAUGUAAACAUCCUUAGAAUUUUUUCACAUUACUUACUUGCCAUUGUACCAUGGUCAGUUUGCAAUGUAUGAGAUGUCUUUCCCCCUUUUACAUCCCUGCAUAGUAAUUGGGAUGAAGAAACUGUAGCUAGAUCAUCCCUAAGGAAACUAUAUUACAAAACUGAUGUAGUAAUAUUAUUACAAUGAAGUGAAGACAAAUAUGCUGGUUUUUCAUUACACAACUGUGGAUUAUAGUUCCUAAAUAAAUAAGUAUGCGUAUUUGUCUACAUAUCAAUGUAAUAACAUUGUUGUGCCAGUUUUGUAAUAUUAUUUCAUAUGCUGCUCUGGCUACAUUUCCUUAAUCCCAUUUACUGUCCAGUGCUGUAAAAAAUAAAAGGAAGUGACAUUCCAAGCAUUGCAACCUGCUCCCAACAGUAUAGAUUAUGAUUGCCUGUGAAACUAUUUUGGUGAAAAGGGGAAUGAUACCACAGCAGAGGAAAAGGGGCCAUAGGCACUGCAGUGACAUUGUCUUGCCAGCUCUUGAAUAGCUUGCAAAGCAGCAUGAUCUCUUAACAGAGACAGCUUUUGCUGCUGUCACCUCCUCCUGCUAUUGCUACAUCUUGGUUAAGAAUUACUCCAAUGUAAGUGAGGCUUCCACUUGUGUAAGUCACCAGCAGGAUUCCAACCAGGGACUUAUUAUUUCAUAUCCCAGUAAGCCCAGCAGAAGUGGUUUGGGAAAUCAUAAAACAGUGCAUGAAGACUCUAUGUGGAUCCAACUGUGUGGGACACAUUUUGUGGAAGUAAAUAAGGCAAUUCGAAUCUGUUGCUUACUGCUAUAAUUAUUUUCAAGAUUGAUUACUGUCAUGUGAUACUAAUAAUAGAAUCAUAGAGUUGGAAGAGACCGCAAGGACCAUCCAGUCCAACCCCUUGCCAUGGAGGAACUCACAAUCAAAGCCUCACAUUUGUCAACAAGGCUCAUCAUUGUGCAGAGCGUUCUACAAUUUAAACAUCAGUACUUAAUGUACUGAAACUGAGGAGGAAUGGCCUAGUGCACAAGAGGAUUUGGGGAGUGUGGCCACAGUGUCUAUUGUUAUACUUAUUCUGAUCACUGUUUUGUGUUCUUUGGGAACAUUUGUUGAGGUUUGUUGAUCACUACUAUUCAGCAUGUAUGAAUGAGACUGUAAAUAGCUGUCACACAUAGGCUGGCAUCUUGUUAAUGACUCAUGUGUGUAAAUGUUGCUUAUGGAUGUGUAAGGGGCUGUGCAGACUGCGUCUAAGGGACCACCUGCAGCCGCCUUCACCUGUGCCAGAUUGGGGCUGCAGCAACCAAACGCCACGGCCUCAAUCUGGCCUUUCCAGGGCACAAAAAAGAGUUGCUUUUUGCAGCUCUUUUUUGUGCCCUGAAAAGGAUGUGAUAGCCAUGGUGCUGCAGCUUUAGUUCACAACUUUGAUGCUGCAUUGUGUGGAUGCAGCACCAGAGGAGCCCCGUGAUGCCAUGUGGCGUGGCACAGCAUCAUGCUGCCCUGGGGGCGGAGUUGGGGGGGUGUGUCAUGUGGAUGGCAUGCCUGAACUCCACCUCCAGCCACCUUUAUGGCUGGUCUGCACAGACUCUCUGUCUCUUCUUUUUGGACAGGAUGCAGAGGGCUGCUCUCUUGUCCUUGUACUCUAACCCAAAACUUCCUCUGUCUGGCAGCAAUCAAGCUCUAGAAGGGUCUAUUCCUGCUGUCUCUUAUUUGUGGGUAGGGCAGGGUUUGGGGAGAUGAUUCAGACCAUGACCUGUCUGCUCUGGGCUCUUAGAGGAAGGCAGUCCAUUUGUGAGCACACCCUUAUCCCUCCCACCCUGACCGAGCUGAGACCAUCUCCUUCAUUAUAUGAAUCAGCUCCUUCUCUUCUGUGACAGACCAGGCCUUUGUGACCCUUGCUACUAAUGAUGCUUACUGCCAUGGAGCUUUGGUUCUUGGAGAAUCCUUGAGGAACCACAGAACAACUAGAAGGCUGGCAAUACUAAUUACACCUCAGGUUUCCAGUGCAAUGAGGACUGCCCUCAGCACUGUAUUUGACACAGUGGUUGAUGUGAAUGAAAUUGACAGCAAUGACUCAGUGCACUUGGCUCUACUGAAGAGGCUGGAACUGGGUGUAACCUUUACCAAACUUCAUUGCUGGACUCUUAUUCAGUAUAGCAAAUGUGUCUUUAUGGAUGCCGACACAUUGGUACUAUGCAAUAUUGACGAGCUGUUCGACCGGGAGGAAUUCUCAGCAGCUCCAGAUUCUGGUUGGCCAGAUUGUUUUAACAGUGGUGUCUUUGUUUUCCAACCUUCCUUAGAAACCUUUAACCUCCUCCUGCAGUUUGCAAGUGAAAAUGGAAGCUUUGAUGGAGGUGAUCAGGGACUCUUAAACAUGUUCUUUAGCAACUGGGCUACGAAAGACAUUAACAAACACUUGCCAUUUAUCUAUAAUCUAAGCAGUAGUGCUGUCUACAGCUAUGCCCCUGCUUUCCAACAUUAUGGAAAAGAUGCAAAAGUAGUUCAUUUCCUGGGACCAACAAAGCCCUGGAACUACAAAUAUUGUCCGCAGACAAGAACAGUUACAGAGGACGGGUUAGCACCAGUAUCUCCAAGUCAACUGUCAUUCCUUGAACUCUGGUGGAUGACAUACAUUUCAAGGAUUUUACCAUUGCUGAAUGAACUGCAGGAGUCUUCUGAAUCAAAAAUCCAGAUGGAGCAGCGUGAUUCCAGUACAGAUGGCAAUAAAUGUGAAAGUGAAAAUCCCAGCUUUAGCAAUGCUUUGCUAAUCUCAGCAGACAAAGAACAGGUGUCAGAAAUGAUUGAAAGUUUACCUGAUGAGUUAUCUGCUAAAGAUUUUGUACAGGAGGCUGAAUGCAGUUCUGAUGUCCACAUUUCUGAGCCAAGCAAAUCAUCUGCAGCAUCUUUUCUUCAACCUGUUCUUCAGCCAUCCGUGGAAACAAAUAAGGUUACAUGUUCUCUUUCUGAGCUAUCCAUUCAGCCAGAGAAGCCAAGUGCAGAAGCUGAACGAAGAAAAUGGGAGGAAGGCCACAUAGACUAUCUAGGGAAGGAUGCUUUUGAAAACAUUCAAAAGAAGUUAGAUUCCUUUCUAUUAUAGAUCUAGCUUUUCUAUUCAUAUGGAACCUGAUUACUGUUUACAUUUGCUAAUGUCUGUGAAAUCUCCAAGACGCUUGCUGCAUUUUCAAAAUGGCUGCAUUUUCUAAACACAUCAUUGUACGUACUGUGGCAGUAAUUGUUCUUGGAGACUGAAACACAGUGAGCUUGUAAAACUGCCUUAUACUGAGUGAGACCAUUGGUUCAUCUCAUCCAUACUAUUCUGCUAGUUAGCAAGCUACAUACUCUUCUUGGCCUUGCUGCCUGAGAAUUUUUUUUAAACUGAAAUGCCAGUUUUAAUGGGGAUAUUUUUUCCAAUGUAAUGGACCAAUGUUAUGUUCUUCAGGAUUCAUUUGCAUUCUCUUUUUUGGGAGACCAACUUCUGAUAGAAUUGACUAGACCUCUUUAUUCAUGUAGCGUGAUGACUCUCAGCUAAAUACAAAACUCUGCUUUUAAUAUCAUUCACAGUAUCUGAUGAAAUGUUCUCAUCUUCAUUUAAAAUAAUGGUAAAACUGCUUUCUACAAAUAAACCAGUCACUACAUUCUGCUCCAAGAAUGGAAAAUGUAUGGCACCAAAUGUGGUUGGAUGGCAACUUCCAUCAGCCCAAGUGUUAUUGGACUGCAACUCCCAUCAGUGUGUUCUUGUGUACCUUUCCUAGUGGGUCAAUAAGGUUUUGGUCUUUGGCUACAAUCUGCUUACUUACCUUGGAAAGAUUCACAUUAAACUCAGUGGUGCUUACUUCAAGCUGAUACAUAUAGGAUUGCACUACGCAUGGUGAAGCAACAGCUUACUGAGAUAGCUUUUGAUUUUCUGUACCCACACGUAUUACUACAGUCAGCCCUCUGUAUUCAUAGACUUUUUUAUGCACAGAUUCAAACAUCCACAGUUAGAAAUAUAUUUCAAAAAUGUAUAAAUUCCAAAAAGCAAACCUUCAUUUUGCCAUUUUAUAUAAGGGACACCAUUUUAUUAUGCUGUUGUAUUUAAUGGGACAUAAGCAUCCAUGCCUUUGGUUCCAGGGGGUCCUGGAACCAAACUCCACUAGAUACCAAGGGCCCACAGUAUAGGGAUUUAGGGUACUUAUAAAUGUCAGAUUAAUUACUAAAGAAUUGUGUGAGUACUGUAUUAUACUUCUUACAACAACAAGAAACUACCUCCCUUCCGAAAAACCCAUAUAAUUUUGUUUGUAUUAAAUUAGAUUUAAUUGAUGUUGAUCUUCUUUCUGUAUUCUUACUCUGAAUGUUAAUUAGGCUGCCAUCCUACUUAACAUUUACCUGGGAAUUAAAUUGCAUUGAAUUCUUGAACUUGCUUUUGUGUAGAAAUGCAUAGACUGUACCACCAUAUUUCCCUGAACAUACUGAUUUCAUCUGGGUUUGGAGGCUAAGCAGCAUCAGGCCUUGUUACUACUUGAUAGAAGACCAUGAGAGAAUAUUGAGGAUCUUCAGAUUGGGUUAGGAAAGGAUCUUGUCUGAAUCCCUAGAAAGCUACUGAUAGAUUUACUGGGCUACUUAGCCCAAGGGUCUGACUUGGUAUAAGGCACCUUCCUUUCCUCCUUUGAUGGUGCUGGUUUAGUUGGAAGGGUCAGAUUCAGAACUGACCAUUUGUUUUCUUUCUAAGUAGGGUUUUCUUUAAUAGUUGCUGAUGCUAGUUUAGUUUUGUAAGCUAUAGGAGGGAGACACUCUUCUUAACAGUAUAUCUGCUUUUCUGUUCACACUUGCUGCCCAGUAAUUCUACUUUGAUAUUGUUUGGUUUCAUAUAUAGCAAAAGAUUGAAAUCCUCUCUAGUCCUACCCUCUUUUUGUAACAUUGUUCAUUACUGAAUAAAAAUUUUAUAUUCUUAAUUUCUA